UUUACAGUGGUAGUGUUUCUGAGGGUGCUGGACGCGGUGGAUAGCAGCCGGAUAGAAAUAUAUAAAGAUGGCCUCAGCAACAGCGACCUACGGGCAGAAGGAGUCUUCGGACCAAAAUUUUGACUAUAUGUUCAAGAUUCUCAUAAUUGGCAACAGCAGUGUGGGCAAAACCUCCUUCUUGUUCCGCUAUGCCGACGAUUCCUUCACACCGGCCUUUGUCAGUACGGUGGGCAUCGACUUCAAGGUGAAGACCAUCUACAGGAAUGAUAAGAGGAUCAAAUUACAGAUCUGGGACACAGCGGGUCAGGAGCGUUACCGCACCAUCACCACGGCCUACUACAGAGGAGCCAUGGGAUUCAUCCUCAUGUAUGACAUCACUAACGAGGAGUCCUUCAACGCCGUCCAGGACUGGUCAACUCAGAUUAAGACAUACUCGUGGGACAACGCCCAGGUGCUGUUGGUAGGGAACAAGUGCGACAUGGACGACGAGCGAGUGGUGGCCGGAGAUAGAGGCCGGCAGCUGUCUGAACACCUCGGUUUUGAGUUCUUUGAGGCCAGCGCCAAGGACAACAUCAAUGUGAAGCAGACGUUUGAGCGCCUGGUCGACAUCAUCUGUGAAAAGAUGUCCGAGAGCCUGGACGCCGGAGAUCCCGCCGUCACAGGGGCCAAACAGGGGCCCCAGCUGACAGAGCAGCCCGCUCCUCCUCACCAGGACUGUGCAUGUUAAAGAUGACUACUCCCCCCAAACCCUUUUCCUCCCUCUUCCUCCUUGUUCUCCUUCAGCAGGACCCCGGGGCCUCGGGUCAAAUCUAGUCCCAUCACCCUUUUCACUCACUUCCUGCUUCUUUCCGUAACCUAGUAAGGAUCAUUGGCAGAAGAACAAGAACCGGGUUUCAAAGAGUCGGAAAUGCUCUGAGAUGCUCGUAAACCAGUGCUCAUAAAAGAGCUUAAAUGUGUUGUUUUGAUCAGUGCAGAAGUUAGUCUGAUGCCAAGUUCAAUCAAGCCAGAGUGUUCCAGACUCUUUGCAAACCGGGUUCUUGAAGGUUCCCGACCCAUCUUCCGUUGUCUCCCUGUUCCUCAGUGUGGUUUUACAAGAAGGAUUUGACGGCGUCCGUCCUCAGAGUGCCAUUUAAAUCCUUCCGAUGUUUACAGUGCUUUGUUUCAUGUCAGUCAAAUGUAUUGAAAAGAUGUCAGCCUCUCAUACGGUGACCACGAAGGCCCCAGUGGAGUUAAAAUGGGAGGGAUGAUCCAGCUGAAAUCUGCUCCAUACUGAUGUGUUGCAUUUCUUUUAUGAUUCUUGAUGCACACAGAAUCAAACAUACAUGGAUCUGUGUUUCAUUCGUUGUCUCACCUGGUAUCUAAACAUGGAUGCUGCAGGUAGCAAGUGUUUUGUUUUCAUUAUUCAUCGUUUGGCCUUUUUUUUAUGUUUUUGUAUUCUGGUGCCCCAUUUAUUCUUUCAGGACUGGGUGGGGAAAAUAUGAACAAGAUAGAGCUACGUAAAAAAUUGCAAAGAAUUAAGAGACACAUUUUAUUUAAUUAUAUUUAUUUUAAAUGUACAUAUAAAUGUUGUGCAAUAUAUAUAAUAUCUACAGUUAUGCAUUUCUUGAAAUGAAUUAAAAAAGGUAUGAAGUUCUAUGAGGAUAGUAUCAAAUAUAAGAGGUCUAUGUUGUUGGGUUUGUUUGGAUGAUGUGUGGAAUAGUUUGCACCCUCGGCGGCUCCUCCGUGAGUCGUUUCAUUUCCCUGAUGGUUUGGUGUCAUGCUGCCUUCCAGAGAAGUCAGAAAUUCAAAUGUCCUGCAGGACUCAAAGAAAUACAGUGGAAUGACCCUUUGAGUCUGAAUUACAAAUCGGAAAAUGUUCUGUUUAUCAACCUCCAAAUCCACGCAGUGUGCUCCUAAUAAAGUGAAGCAUUUUAAACUGUCUAAUAUUUCAGAAAGACGCUUCCUGGAGAAGCUCUUUGCUUCAGUCUUAAAUGUUUUAGGUCAGAUAGCAACUGUAGUGAAGAUGACAUUAGGAGUAAAAAAAAAAAGACAAAGAUUUGAGCUUUCAGAAGGCUCACGUCUUUAUUUUUAUUUACUCUUUUAUUUAUUUAUGAGCAAUACAAUUGCAAUUAGGGUUGAUGCUUCUUGUACCAACACCCUCAAGAUGUUAUUGUUCCCACUGUCACUAACAGAAAAUGCAAAAAUGUAAAGAUAUCUGAUAAGCCUUCUAGCCUUUUGCUGCAAACAAUGCUACAUAUUGAUAUCACAGUAUUUAACACCUGGUAGAGAAACAUUGAUGCAGGUGAUACAAAGCAUCGAGGAGGAAACGAUGUGAUUAUAACAGCAAUUUCGGACUCAAAUACAGCAAACCUUUAGUUUUCAUCUCCCAGAUAGCAGUUUGGAUAGUCACAGCUACUUUAUCAAACAUAAACAUUUCCUAUAGCAUUAAUCAUUCUAACAUUUCAUCAUUCUCUAAAACAUGAUGAAAUGAGUUUGGUGGAUGCAAACAAUGUUUGUUUGAUAUUCGUUUUAUAGUAUCUUGCUUUUAUCUGAUAGUUUGACCCUGGGGAGUGACAGGAAACAACAGGAGAGAAUAGGAAGACAUGUGACGUAUAGUACAGACAACACUUUAAUAUUUCCUUGCUUAGUGACAAACAGCCCAACAGUAAGCAACUUCUUCAGAAUCAGUAUUACAGUCUGUUUGUUUGUUUGUUUGUGAUGUUAUCUCCAAUGCUCAGUCUUCAGGUGAAGUACAAACAGCGUUGCAUCAAACAGCUGGAGGCUGAAAUGUUCACUGUUUUCUAACACGUUUCGAGUCAAAGGCGGAUUUAGAUAUUUUGUACUGAGGUUUUCUUGGUUCUAACGCUGUGUAACCGACAUAUUCCUCCAACAGCUGAUUACAUAGCAUCACUCAUUCUGGUUGUGCAUUAUCCCCCCUACAUCAAACACUUGUUUUAAUACACUUUCUACAGUUAGAACUGGUUUACCAGGAACUCCUUCUUUUCACCAAAGAUUGCUGUAGAAGCAGCUCGCUGUUUUUGCUGUAGGAUACCAGGAUAAGCAGUGUGACCAAGUUUAAAACUGUAUUAAAACAUGUGCUGCUUGGAGGACUGAAGUGAACGCUGGUGGGUAAUGCUAUCAGAACAUUUGAUAUGCUGUUGUUUCCAGUAAAAACAGAGAUAAAGAGGAUAACUGAGAGAGCAAAGCACUAUAGAAAUCAUUGUGGUCGUCAAAUUCAUCGACUUCGUCAGUGACUCUGAUUAUGUGAUCAAAGCAAAUUUGAUUCGGAAAAACAUUUAUUUUGAGAGUAAUUGUUGCAUUAGUUAUCUAGUGUGGCAUACAAACCUGAAAGACUAUUAAAGUUUGAGAAAAUGAGGCCCCAGUAAAAGUGUCCCACCAAAAUAUUGAUUAUUGUAAAAAAGAGAGUGACGAUCACGACAAACCUGGGAGACGAUUUUGAUCCUGCGUAUAUUUGACUUCUUACUGGUUGUGACUGUUUCUUUUCCGGUAAAAUCCAAACUUUUAAACUGUUCUCCUUUCUAAUAUGUCUUCCUCUAUAUAAACCAGAUCUGUAAAUACUGUAUCUUUGAGUCAUAUGUGUGGAUUGUGUUGUAUCGACUCAGGCUUGCAACAAAGAAAUAAAAGAGGAAAAAAAAGACCGUAAAAACCUGAAACCACCCAAAAGAGCCAUGUUGUACUGUAUCUGCAUUCAUUACUAGGCCUGCUUGUUAAUGAACGUGUCACUCUGUUACAAAAGCAAUACACACUACAGUAUCUACACAAAAAAAUGAAACGCCAUCAAGCUCGGUAGAAGUUGCCGACAUUAGAUCUUCUACUAGCACGCAGGAACAUGUACUUUAUUUGGUCUCGUAUCACUGCCUCUUCACAUGCUCCUCAGUUUGGGCCAGAGAGAAUAUGCUGUGGAUGUUUUUAUCUGUACUUUGUGGUAAAACAAUAAAAAGUUACUAACAAUCA